CCCCGUAGGGCAACAAGGAUGGUUAGUUUUGACCGUGCUUAUCUGUGCCGUAAAACAUCGACCCUAAUUGGCAGUUAUCUGGGAUUUAAUAUCUGUACACUUCUCGUUUUUGAACUGUGGUCACUAAAUGAAGGGGUUGUGCCCUGGGAAGACCCAUGCAUUCCUUCAAUUGGAUGUGGAUUGAGAACAGUGACUCUGGCGAUCUCAAGAAUUGGAGGGAAUGUUGACCAGGGAGCACCGCUGCGGCCGUUUAGAGGAGCAGGAACCGGAGCCCGGGCUGAGUACGAAAAAAGCCGCAUCCGGACGGUGGCUCCAGAACGGCUGGAAGUGGAAGAUGGAGGAGCCAGAGGAACCUGCGGACAGUGGGAAGUCGCUGCCGCCGGUUUACAUUUACAGUCCCGAGUAUGUCAGCAUGUGCGAUUCCCUGGCCAAAGUCCCCAAACGGGCCAGUAUGGUACAUUCUUUGAUCGAAGCAUAUGCGCUACAUAAGCAAAUGAGAAUAGUUAAGCCCAAAGUGGCCUCCAUGGAGGAGAUGGCCACCUUCCACACCGAUGCCUAUCUGCAACAUCUCCAGAAGGUCAGCCAAGAAGGAGAUGACGAUCAUCCAGACUCCAUAGAAUAUGGGCUAGGUUAUGACUGCCCAGCCACCGAAGGGAUAUUUGACUAUGCAGCAGCUGUGGGAGGGGCUACAAUCACAGCUGCCCAAUGCCUGAUUGACGGAAUGUGCAAAGUAGCAAUUAACUGGUCCGGAGGUUGGCAUCAUGCAAAAAAAGAUGAAGCAUCUGGUUUUUGUUAUCUCAAUGAUGUUGUCCUGGGAAUAUUACGAUUGCGACGGAAAUUUGACCGUAUUCUCUAUGUGGAUUUGGAUCUGCACCAUGGAGAUGGUGUAGAAGAUGCUUUCAGUUUCACCUCCAAAGUCAUGACGGUGUCCCUGCACAAAUUCUCCCCGGGAUUUUUCCCAGGAACAGGUGAUAUGUCUGAUGUUGGCCUAGGGAAGGGACGGUACUACAGUGUGAAUGUGCCCAUUCAAGAUGGCAUACAGGAUGAGAAGUAUUACCACAUCUAUGAAAGUGUACUAAAGGAAGUCUACAUUGCCUUUAAUCCUAAAGCAGUGGUCUUACAGCUGGGCGCUGAUACAAUAGCUGGGGAUCCCAUGUGCUCCUUUAACAUGACUCCAGUGGGGAUCGGCAAAUGUCUUAAGUACAUCCUUCAGUGGCAAUUGGCGACGCUCAUUUUGGGAGGAGGAGGCUAUAACCUUGCCAACACGGCUCGAUGCUGGACAUACUUGACCGGGGUCAUCCUAGGGAAAACACUAUCCUCUGAGAUCCCAGAUCAUGAGAAUCUUACCCCAAACUCACUACUCUGGGCAGAGGCAACCAAGAAGAUGGAGGCUCCUUCUUCUCCCAGCAGUUCCCAGUCUCAGGCUGUGUUUUCACCUAAGGAAGGGCAGGCUGCUGGAAUUUCUCAUCCCUCCCAGCUCUGUGUUGCAGAAGCUCAAUUCCAAGCAGGCAUGGCCAAGAAGACCAGGCCUGUUUACUUCCACCAUGCAUGCACUUUAUAGGGCAGAAUAUCUACCCUAAGCCCAGAAGGCUGAGAAUAGUGAGGCCCUGGUCACUCCUAGCCCAGCUCACUCAUAGGACACACGUUCCAUACCAGGCAGGGCAGUCCAAGAAGACAAGGGGCUGCUACCACCUUGCAGGGCUCACUGAGGCAGGGUAGCUCCGGGGAGAAAACCCAGUUGCUCCCCGGAGCUACAGAGCAGUGACAAGGAUAUUUUGUUGAGAGGAGAAAGGUCAACCAUAAAAACAAAGGACUCCCAGCUCUGCCUGAAGGGAGUGACUUUAUUUGGAAUAAGGAGUGGAUAAUUCCAUGCCUAAGGGCACAAUAAACAAAAAAAAAUUUAAAUUUUGAUGGGGAAGCGUUAAGAGACUGAUAGCUCCAUGAUACAAGUGAAGCAGCAUGGCCAUAAGAACUUUAACAGAGCAGAGAGACAGCAAAGAAGAGGCCUCCUGGUAUUACAGUCUACUCUGGAAGGUAAAAAAAGUUGUGUACAUGUGCUAGGCUGUUCCCACUCAGGAACAAUCAAAGUAGGUCAUGGGGCAGACUUAAAAGCAUUCCCUUAGCUGCACACAGACCCAUCAACACAGGGCAAAAGCUUUACCAUCACAAGUGGCUUUAAAAUACAACUUUUGACUAAACACUGACUGCACAAUAAGCUACCGUGACCCAGGGGUGACUCCUAGGAAUCCAGGCUUAAAAAAAUAACAUCACACUCAUCCCUGGUAAUCUGGAAGACUACCCAAAAGCUGUGACCUCUCAGGAGCCAUCAGGGAGGAAACCUCUAAACUGCUACUCUGUGGUCAAAGAAGAAGCAAAAAUUAUAAACUCCCGGAACUAUGAUAACAGCCUCCAAACCACAAACAUAUCCAAUAAUAAAGGUUAAAAAAUAUGACUAGCUUAGAAGGCCUUAAGCACAACCUUGACAAUAAGUGGCUUGUGCCAACCCAAGUGUAACCCCUAGGUAGACAAGCUAAAAGAUAAAAACAAGGGGAAGAAUCUGAACAGGGACAUCAGAAGCUUCACACUGUAGGGAGGGUAGACUCCCCAAAGUUCACUCAAGUUAUUCAAAUAACCAAGCAAUUCAACACCACCACCCUUGGCCUGGUGUGGGGAAUUAGUAUCCCAGAGUAUUAUCAAAAUUGUUCAGGUUUCAACAUAAAAUAUGAAUUAUGCAAAAAAAAAAAACAGAAAAGUGUGACCCAUACACAGAAAAAAAGGACAAGAAAAAGAAAAUGUCUUUGAAGAGACUCAGAUGGAGGACUAAGUAGACAAAAAUUUCAAAGCAGUUGUAUGUAGACUCAAAGAACUGAAGGUAACUAUACUUAAAGAAGUAAAGGAAGGUAUGAUGGCAGUAUCUCAAAAAAUAUAGAUUAUCAACAAAUAGAUGGAAAUUAUAAAUUAUAUAAAAUAACCAAAUGGAUAUUCUGGAGUGAAAAAGUAUAAUAAUAAAUUAAAUAUUUGCUACAGAGGGAUCUUCAGUAGAUAUGAGUUGACAGAAGAGAUUAUGCAAUAUGAGGAACAGAGAGAAAAAAAUGAAGAUGAACAAAGAGUCAGAGAAAUACAGGACAUAAGUGCAUCAAGAUAUGCAUAAUGGGGAUGCUACAAAAAGAGAAGAACACAAAAAGUACAGAAAGAGAUACUCAAAGAAAUAAUUGCUGAAAACCUCUCAUAUUUGAUGAGAAGCAUUAAUCUGCACACUCAAGAAAUUCUAAGUAAGGUAAAUACAGAGAUUAUACCCAGAGACAUCUUAUUAAAAUGUUGAUAGACAAAACUUAGAAAGUAGGAAGAGAAAAAAGGCUCAUCACAUACAAUGGAACCCCAAUAAACCCCAAUAAAAUUAACAGCUGACUUCCCAUCAGAAACAAUGGAGUUAGGAAAAUAUAGUCAAACUAAUGAAAGUUAAAAAAAAAUCCAGAAUCAUAUAUCUAGCAAAAAUGAAGGUGAAAUAACGACAAUUCCAGGUGGAAAAAAAUGAGAGACUUUAUUUCUAGUAUACCUUUCAUAAAACAAAUACUAAGUGAAGUUCUUCAGGCUGGAAGCAAAUGGAUGUCAGACAGUAAUCUGAACCACAUGAAGAAAAAAACACUGGUGUGGUAAUUAAAGCACAAUGUAAUUGCAUAUUUUUCCCCUCUCCUCUCUUAACUGAUUUAAAAAGCAAUUGCAUAAAACAAUAUGAGUGUGAUUGUAUUGUUAGGACUAUAAUAUAUAGAAAUACACUAUAUUUAGCAAUAACAGCACAAAGGAGUAGAAUUGUAACAAAGUAUUGGAAUAAAUAAAAGAUGGUAGAUAGUAACUUAAAUCCACAGAA